GUAUCGCAACAGAGAGGGAUAAUGAGAGCCCGUAUCAAAAAUGACAUAGAGUGGACCGACAGUGCAUCAAACUCUACUGCUGACAAGAAAGAACAGAGAAACAACGGCAAAAUAAAACAAGAUGAGAUAAGAGUCAAAAAUUUGAUGAUAUGGAUAUGGAACGAAGAGCGGAUCUCGAGGGGCGAGAAAGCAAAAAUUUACAAAGGCAGAGAAAUUCCCAGUGCUCUUCUCUAUGCGUACGGCAAUAGCAAUCUCAAAUACGGUUUCGCGUAAUUUCGCGAGAUUAACAUUCAAGUAUCGCGUAGCCGUAGCAUUUGUGUUUAUUAUUUUCACAAACCAAUAAAGAUGCAACAAAAUUCCUCCUUACUACCA